CCUUUCAGGAACAUAAAUCCAUAAUCCCACAUAAACAAAUCGUAAGAACCUAAUUUCAUUAUCAAAAUAUAUAAACAAUAAAAAGUUCCACCUUACUUUUGUAUCCUCUGCACAUGUGUGCCUUUUUAGGACCGCACAAAUCCAACCGCCGUUCUUUCUGUUCAGCCUUCCGUUCACAAGUUCUGUCAGGCUUUCUCACCGGAAUAUUCCUCUCGGGCGGCUUUCUGUCAUCUUUGUCGAUGGCAUUGCUGGAAAAUUUCUCUUCUUUCCCAAGUUGAAGGCUUGCUGAAUCUGGGACGUUCUAUGCCAAAAUCUUGAUGCUGUGUCAAGUUUAACAUCUUUUCAGGAUGGAGCUGAAUAAAUCUGGUAUAGACUGUUAAUGCAUAGGUGCAGAUAGAGAUUCUGCAUUCUGAUGUAAUGGUAUAUACAUUCUCGAGCUAAUUCAAAAAUGCUCGGGAUUGAAAGAGCGUUUUUCAGAUUUUCUUUCGUUGUCUAUAGCUUGUUGGUCUUCUUGCUUUUCUCUGAUGUCAAUUCUCAAAUUCCACUGGGUUCGAAAAUUUCGGUUGAGGAAAACAACUAUUGGCUUUCUUCAAAUGGGGACUUCGCAGUUGGGUUCUUUAACGUAUUGAACCAAUAUAGUGUAGGGAUCCGCUUCAAUUCAAGUUCUAUUCCAGUCAAUAGUCGAAAGGUAGUUUGGGUGGCUGGAGCUGACCGUACAGUUGGCAGCAAGUCAUAUUUCCAACUUACUCAAGAAGGAGAGUUAGUUUUAUUUGAUUCUCUCACGGGAGAUAUUGCUUGGACAAGCAAGACUCAGAAUGUAUCUGUUGCAUCAGCUGUUCUUCGUAAUGAUGGCAAUCUUGUUCUAUUGAAUGUAGAUAAAAAACCUAUUUGGCAAAGUUUUGAUGCUCCAUGCGACACACUUCUCCCGGGGCAGAAUUUAUCAGUUCACCAAAUCCUUCGGCCUCCUAGCAGAAAUUCCGUGUCAAGUUAUUACAGUCUUUUUAUGAAUGAUUCAGGCCAGCUGCAGCUUAGGUGGGAAACCAGUGUAAUUUAUUGGACCAAAGGAAAUCCUUCUCAAUCAACUCUCCAUGCGACAAUUAGCUCUGAUGGAACAUUUCAAUUACUUGACAAUAGAUCUGAAUCUGUUUGGUCUAUAUUUGGCGAAGAUCAUAAUGAUUCCGAUGUAAAAUUUAGGUUUCUUCGGUUGGAUGCUGAUGGCAACCUUCGAAUGUACUCUUGGCUAAAUGGUUCAAAAUCAUGGAGGUCAGUUUGGCAAGCGUUUGAUAAUCAAUGUGACGUCUUCGCAACAUGUGGCCUCCGUGGUAUUUGUGCCCGCAAUGAAUCUGGUUCUCAGGUUUGUAGAUGUCCAUUUACGGUGAGCGGGGAAUCUAGCUUGAAAUGUUUGGUUCCAUAUCGACAAAGUUGCACGUCAGGUGGAUCUUUAAUUACGUAUGACCAUACAUUUCUGUAUGGGAUUUACCCAGCGAAUGAAACGGUUGUAAGAACAAGUCUACAAAGAUGUCAAAACUUGUGCAACGAAGACAAAAAUUGCAUUGCUGUGUCCUUCACAAAUGAUAAAAUCCCACUGUGCCACGUUCUGAAAACACAAUACAUCAGUGGUAAGUCUGAUGCCUCUCUGAGUUCGAUAUCUUUUGUUAAGACUUGUUCAGAUCCAAUUGCUGUUUUUCCCACAUUCCCCAAGUCCAAUCCACCUCCCCUGGAAAACAUUCGGCAGAAUUCAUCAUCUCCAAUUUGUAUUCCUUGUCUUGUUGGAGUUUCCGCCGCUACAUUUGUCAUGUUUAUAUUGAUACAAUUUGGACUUGGUCUUUACAUAUUCAAGUGGAAGGCAAAAAUCAGGAAAAAAUCUACGAAAGCAGAUUUACAUCCAUUUACUGAUGGAUGCAUCACACUAUCCUACAGUGAAAUCAGGUGCCUUACAGAAGAUUUCAAGCACCAGAUUGGACCAAAGAUGUUCAGAGGUAUACUUCCCGAUAACAGGCCAGUUGCAGUCAAAGAGCUCGACACAACUGUUGAAUUGAGGAAGUUUAGAACUUCAGUUUCAAGAAUCGGAAGCAUACAUCACAAGAACCUCGUGAAGCUGGAAGGUUACUGUUUUGAGUCGGGCCACAGAUUUUUGGUAUACGAGUUUGUCAGUAAUGGGUCGCUAGGGAAAUGUUUGAAAGACCCUAAGUUGUGCAAGAGUCUGACAUGGGGAAAGAGAAUGAAAAUUUCCUUAGAAGUUGCAAGGGCCAUUUCUUACCUGCACACUGGGUGCAGAGACUUUGUGUGCCAUGGCAAUUUAAAAUGUGAAAAUGUUGUUUUGGAAGAUGACUUGGAAGCCAAGGUGACAGAAUUUGGACUCAGUACGAUUCUAUCUGAGGUUUCUGAAGUUGGGGGAUUGGCAGAUACCGACGUGAGAGACUUCGGCAAUCUGUUGCUCGUAUUGAUCAGCGGAUACCAAAAUUCUGAAGUUUGUGAAUGGGCAUACGCAAAAUGGGUCGAGGGUCAUGCUGAGACGAUAUCUGAUGCAGAGAUCGAAGGUGGGGUAAAUCCGGAAGAGUUGGAGCAUUCAUUACGCGUUGCAUUUUGGUGUCUUCAAGUUGAUGAACGAAUGAGGCCGUCAAUGGGUGAGGUAAUACAAGUUCUAGAAGGCACAUUGCCUGUUGAUCCUCCACCAAAUCCUUUUACGCUUCUCAAAGCGCCGAAAGAAUCGUGGGAAUCGGACGAAGCAACGUAGGAACUGAUGAAAUUAUAGUUCUUUUGACGUUUUUAGUCUUUACUUCUCGUGUAAAGUAGGCAUAACUGGCUUGUAGCUUCUCUAAUUUUACCAUUUUGUUAGGUGCACGCUAAGUAUUGAAAAUUGAGAAGGUUUGUAGCCAUUGUUGGGUAAUGGAUUAUAAUGGUGCAUUCUUUGCCAUUCUUGAUCUAAAAAUGUAAGUUUACUGGUA